AUGGAGCAUGGAUCAAUGGAGUAUUCCAGCAGACAACGUUAUUGGGUGUUAGAAAUCAAACUCGUGUCGUGCAAAGAUCUGAAAGCCUUCAACUUCUUUCAGAAACUCUCAGUUUAUGCGAUUGUGUCGCUGAAGGUAAUUAGCGAUGAUGCGGAGAAGAAAGUAAAAGAAGCAGAAGAGCAGAUGAAUGAAGAGGUAGUGGAGCAACAAAUAAAAAAAACACCAACUGAUGGGGAAGGAGAUGGAAAUCCUGAAUGGAAUCACGAGAUGCGGUUUGAGUUUGAUCAUAAUGAUGAUCAUCGUCAGUUGAAGGAUGGACGGCUCUUGAUUCACUUCGAUCUGCGGCAUCAGGGUCUGGGAAUAUUGGGAAUCGGAGACAGAAGUAUAGGAGAGGUUCGUGUGCCAUUGAAUGAUCUGAUGAUCCCAUAUAUCCCACCGUCGCCGGCGAAUAAUUCUGGACUUGGACUUGGAGGAGUGCAGCAGCAGCAGCGGGCAAGGUAUGUGAAUUAUCAGGUCCGGACUUGCGAUGAAAAACCCAAUGGGAUAUUGACCUUCUCCUACAAGCUGAAGCUACUCAUUAAGGGUGCAGGUACUGAUGAUCAGCCGCGUAUUCAAUACCCCACAAUUACAUUGGAAGAAGAUGACGAUGAUGAUAUUAUGCACAAGUUCAACAACACUAAUUCUGAUAUUACGAGUUCCAGAUCCCAGCAGCAGCAGCAGCAGCAGGAAUAUUAUUACACAUCAAACAUAUCAUCAGCUGCGCCUACGCCUGCGCCUGCGCCCGCACAUAAUAAUAAUAAUUCGCAAUCACAAUCACAGUUACAAGCUGAUCAUCAACAAAUAUGCAGCAGCUGCCUACCACAAUAUCAUCAUCCUUAUGAUCCACCAGUAGCAGUAGCAGUAGCACGUCAUCGCACCUAUUAUCCACCGCCACCACCACCGCCACCUCCCCCGCCCAUGGCAGAUCAUGGGGCAUCUUACCCUUACCACCCUCCUCCACCCGGCCAUGGGAUGGUCCAUCCUCCAUGGCCACCCCAUCCUUACCAUGAUUACGGUCCUUGGAGCCCGCCAGCUGGGAUUGGACGCCCACAUGGACAUGGACAUGAACAUGGGUUUUUUUAG